AACUUUUUUUCAACCGCGACGACUUGUGUGCUAUUUUAAGAACGCUCUGCUGCUUCACAAAAUUAUAUGAAAUGAGCACUACUUCUUAACACCGUCACGUUGUGAUUUCACUGGCAUCUGCAGCAGACAACUGUUUCCCCCUUUUUUAUGCUGUUUAUUAGUGUGUUCAAAACUGCCAGAUGAUCCUCGAUCCUAUGUGUCAGAAGCGACCCAAAAAGCGUAGUACCAACAAGGAGACGUGAUACUUUUCACUUGUGAAACCGGUUAUAUAUCAGGUCCAACCAUUAAAUAUGUAUGUAAAGAAGAGGGCUGGUUCGCCCUCCGACAGGGAAGGUGCUACCGUGAGUUAAAUAGCUUUCUGAUACAUUUUUUUGUUGUUGCAACUUGGAUGAAGGCAGCAAUAGGGAUACAGCAAACGUUAAUCCUUUUUAAGCUGGAAUUUAUUGUGUCUUCAAAAUACCUAUUACAAUUGUUUUAAAGGUCCAAAGUACUUUGUACAAUUGUUGUCGGGUACAAUUAAUUGUUAAGAGAUGAUAUUGCACCUAUGCAUGCUAACAUUUGGAUAUAUCCAAAUACGAACUGUAAUAAAUCAAAUGGUACCGAGAGAGUUGAAGAAAAAUGCUGCAAUAUGUUGCUGGCAACUUUUUCUGGUAACAUCUAUUUGCUUCUUCAAAGCAACAGAUUGAUAACAUGGCUGCUGCACAAGAAACUCAAAAGAACAAAGCUGGAAAAAGAAUGCUGUCACUGUUCUAAAUAAUUAUUAUUUUUAAAUCACUUUAAAUCACAGAUUUAUACAAUGCAAAUUAUUUGUUUCUUACCAAGAUAAAAAAAAAUAGAUUUAGAAGUGUUAGAUAAUUUAUCUUGUUUUAAGAGUUAAUUUCUUAUUUUAAGUGUUCAACAUGCUUAUUUCUAGAUUUAACAAUCUUAAUUCAAGAAAUCUUGUCAAGUGAAAUGAUCUGACCAUGCAGCAAGAUAAUUCCCCUCAGAUUUAGUGUUUUAUCUUGUUUUUAAACACCCCUCUUUUGCAGUGUAAGCUAGUUGAUGAAUAAAAUGUCUUUUCUCUCUGUUUUCAGUUCAGCCAUGUGAAGGUUCUGCUGUAAUUCCCAAUGGUCGUUUUCAAGUUAUCGAGGGGGAAGAGUUAGUUUUUGGAACAAAAAUCAAAUACUUUUGUAAUAAAGGGUAUAAAAUGACGAGUAAGGUGACCACAAGGAUUUGUGAGCUGAACGGAUGGAGCAAUCACGUGCCAACAUGUGAACCUGUGAGCUGUGACCCUCCAACUGCUGAUGGACGGUUAAUAGUAACAGGUUUAUCAGAUAAUGGCAAUCCCAUUCUCCCUCGCUACUCCAUCGACUUCAGCUGUAGUGAUCCUGGGAGUAAUCUGAUUGGCAGUGAACAUCUGGUCUGUGGUGAAGAUGGACAGUGGGAUGAUCAAUUCCCUUCUUGUGAAGAUGCUUUGACUUGUGGAAAACCACCAUACCUUGAGGAUGGAGACAUCACGACCAGUAGUAAAACCGAAUACAGCCAUGGAGAGAGGGUCGAAUACAGAUGUCAGAAUUAUUACACUAUGCAAGGUGGGCCUUACAAAACCUGCAACAAUGGUGAAUGGACUGGAUGGAUGACCUGUCUCAAACCCUGCACUGUCGAUAAACACAUCAUGGCGAGCUACAAUAUUAGAUUCAGAUAUUCACAUGAAGAGAAGCUGUAUUUAUCCCAUAAUGAUGUCAUUGUGUUCAGUUGUACCAGAGGAAGACCUGUCGGCACAGUGGAGAUGCGUCAAAGGUGUGUUAAUGGUCAGAUGGACUUCCCUACUUGCGAGUGAAGGCUUUUAAUCAACUGUCUUUAAUAAACAUGAACUGGCUGGACAAACAUGUUAAUGAUUAACCAGAGUAAACACUUAGACCAGUUAUGUCCUGAUCCAGUGUCCAUACUUCUCUGCUGCGUGUUGUCAUAUGAAUAAAACAUACAACGUCA